AAUAUCGCGGUAAAAAAAAAUCUUUGUUUGAAAAUUUCAUUUUCAGAUUCUUGCAUUGUCGAGUUGAAAUUCGUCGUUUCUCCGGGCAACGAAAAGAAAAUCGCGAAAACAACAAAUCGUCUUGUCAAUCGUCUUGUCAAACAUUCCCGGUGCCGUGUUCGUUUAUCCCACCUUCUCCGUCUGCGAACGCUAAUAAGUUCUCAAAAUGCGCGAAGUACUCUCGAUCCACAUCGGCCAGGGUGGCGUGCAGAUGGGCAACGCCUGUUGGGAGCUGUAUUGCCUGGAGCACGGCAUACAACCAGACGGUAUGCUGCCGCCGCAAACCUGCACGACCGACGAGGGUUUUCAGACUUUCUUCAGCGAGACGGGCGGCGGAAAAUACGUACCUAGAGCUGUCUUCCUCGAUCUCGAACCGACGGUGAUAGACGAAGUACGCACGGGAACGUACCAUCAGCUGUUCCACCCCGAGCAGCUGAUCUCCGGCAAAGAGGAUGCCGCGAACAAUUACGCGCGCGGUCACUACACCCUCGGCAAAGAGAUCAUCAACCUGGUGCUGGACAGAAUUCGCAAGAUAGCCGACAUGUGCAGCGGUCUGCAGGGUUUUUUGAUAUUCCACGCGUUCGGAGGCGGGACCGGAUCCGGAUUCGCGAGUCUGCUGAUGGACCAACUGUCCAACGACUACGGGAAAAAAGCGAAGUUGGAAUUCGCCAUCUAUCCGUCGCCGCAGAUCUCCACGGCCGUUGUCGAGCCGUACAACGCCAUACUUACGACGCACAACACGCUCGACAAUUCGGACUGCGCGUUCCUCGUUGACAACGAGGCGAUCUACGACAUUUGCAGACGCAAUCUUGACAUCGAGCGGCCGACGUACACGAAUCUGAAUCGUCUGAUCGGCCAGAUCGUCUCCACGAUCACGGCGUCGUUGAGAUUCGACGGCGCCCUCAACAUCGAUCUAACCGAGUUCCAGACGAAUCUCGUGCCCUAUCCCAGAAUACACUUUCCUUUGGCGACCUACGCGCCCAUCGUGUCCAUCGAGAAGGCCUAUCACGAGCAGCUCACCGUGAUGGAGCUCACCUCGGCCUGCUUCGAGCCGGCCAUGCAGAUGGUCAAGUGCGAUCCGCGAAGAGGCAAGUACAUGGCCUGCUGCUUGCUGUACAGAGGCGACGUUGUGCCCAAGGACGUCAACGCCUCGAUCGCGAUCAUGAAAACAAAGCGAUCGAUACAGUUCGUCGAUUGGUGUCCGACAGGCUUCAAGGUAGGAAUCAAUUAUCAACCGCCAACCGUGGUACCGGGCGGCGAUCUGGCGAAGGUGCAGAGAGCCAUGGCCAUGAUGGCGAACACCACGGCGAUAGUCGAGGCGUGGAGGAGGCUGAACAGAAAAUUUGAUCUAAUGUACAGCAAACGAGCGUUCGUUCACUGGUACGUCGGCGAAAACAUGGACGAGAGCGAAUUUAGCGAAGCCAGGGAGGAUCUGGCGGCGUUGGAAAAAGAUUAUCAGGAAGUCGCCACCGAUACCGUGGACGUCGGAGCCGAGGAAUAAGAUUUUUGGAUACCUUCCGAAAGGGACUUGUGGCGCAACGGCGUGCCACAAGAACGCGCGGUGGGAUAAACGAACGUUUUAUUUACGUUUGAUUGCAUCGUUUUUUUCUUUUUUUUUUACGAGAUUUUUACAUUGUUUUUGUUAUUUUCUUGUACACGUGUUUUGUAUGUGUGUUUUGUUUGAGACGUAUAAAGUUUUACACGUGCUUUGUGAUACAAUAAAUAGAUAAGAGACA